UCUGCUUCAUGUGCUGGUGACUCAUGGAUUAGGGUUGGAAGGUCCGUAGCACUUGCAGCAGAGUGACUUUUCAGGCAACGUGAAGUUGCUCUGACUCUGGUGGGGGUGUGGACCGAGGAGAUCUGCGUCUUUAUGCCUUGACCUUUUGAGCUUUUGCUGCUCGGGCCAGUAGAACUGGAUCGAGUCUGUUGGUGGGUCCUGACGAGGACGCAGGGCAACUCAUCCACGCGGCACAUCCACGCACAAACUGCUGAUGAUGCGCACGAAGUGCUCGAGAGGAAUUUCUCCAACACUUGCCUUGCUUGUACAGAGCAGUGUGGUGGCGCGGGCGAGACGAAGCGCGCGAGAUCUGAACAUCGCUGCAGUCAUGAGUCGUAGCCAUGUACUCAAGAGUUGUCACGCGUUGGCGUCCAGGGCGUUGAAAGCUCCUGCCAGUCAACCUCGCCACUUCAGCAAUCUUCCCGAGACAACCAUUUAUGGAGGUCCUGUUUCACAGUCGGCAGUGAAGCGUUUCACCCUGAGGCAACUCAUGCAAAAGUAUGCGAAAAAAGAGCCGAUCACAAUGGUCACAGCUUAUGACUACCCCUCUGCCGUGCACGUCGAUCAAGCGGGAAUCGAUAUCGCUCUGGUGGGCGACUCUGUGGCAAUGGUGGUACACGGUCACGACACCACACUGCCAGUGACGUUAGACGACAUGUUGCUGCAUUGCAAAGCAGUGGCGAGGGGUGCUCGUCGGCCUCUCCUGGUUGGCGACCUUCCCUUUGGCUCCUAUGAACAAAGCCCUCAGCAGGCAGUUGACAGUGCGACGAGGAUGCUCAAGGAAGGAAACAUGGAUUCUGUGAAGAUGGAAGGUGGAAUUGGAUCCAGAGUUGCAGCAGCUAAAGCUAUUUCUGAGGCUGGAAUUGCUGUCAUGGGUCAUGUAGGACUGACACCACAAGCCAUCAGUAUCCUAGGUGGCUUUCGACCCCAAGGCCGGAGCUCUGCGCGUGCUCUCUUGGUUUUGGAACACGCAUUGGCCUUGCAGGCAGCAGGCUGCUUCUCCGUAGUACUUGAAUGUGUACCAUCUCCAGUAGCAGCUGCCAUUACAACAACCCUGAAGAUUCCUACAAUUGGUAUUGGUGCUGGGCCAAAAUGUAGUGGACAGGUGUUGGUCUAUCACGACUUACUUGGAAUGAUGCAGCAUCCUCACUACGCCAAGGUGACGCCCAAAUUUUGCAAGAAAUACGCAAAAAUAGGAGAGGUUAUAAAUUCCGCAUUGGAAGAGUACAACAGAGAGGUGACUUCUGGAGAGUUUCCAUCGGGUGCUCACACUCCUUAUCGACUUGAAAACAAUCAGCUGGAUUUUUUCAUUGAAGAUCUCCAGAAAAAUGGCUUUCACGACGCUGCUGAGGCCGCCAACAAAGCAGCUUUGCAAGACGAGGCAGUAGACAGUCUGCUAAAGAAGACUUCUGUUGUUUGAGAUAUGUCAUCAAGAGACAAACACUUACAGUAGAAAUCCAUUUUUUAACAACGGCGCACCAAAGUUUGUAAAUCGUGUCUUACUACAAAUUCAUUGCUUUGCACACUAGAAGUCUAUGAUCACCACAAUUGAGUGGUUGGGGAGACACAAAUGUGUCAAGUGCUACCAAGGGAAAGUUACGUGAAACCAAGAGAAAAUUAGGCCUAUUUGGACAUUGUUAGAGAAAGUCAGGCCGGUGUGAUAUUUAGCAAUAUCUUUCAACACGCUGGCUUAUUACAUUAGUUUGUGAAUAUUCAAGAUUGUCAUAAUUUUUUUGGAUGAUUCUCAUAUUUUCAGCGAUUCAAACCUAGCAAUCGUUGUCAACUUUCAUUUGUGCGAGAAGUCUGUGAUUGUCUCUUAAUCAUGCUGAGUGUGGUGUCUGUAUAAAUCUUGGUAUUUGUUGGAUAUCUAGCGGCUCUCUUCUGAUAUUUUCGUGCUUCGACAAUAGAACCUGAAAAGUAUUGAGCACUUUACUGAGGCUGAGUAAACACAGAU